UCUCUCUCAUCCAACACAAACACACUUUCUCUCUCCUCAACUAAACUAAACUAAACUCACAGAAGCUAGCUCCGGUGGACAUUCUUAAUUCUCCGGCACACAUCUCUGAGGCAUUUCUGUAAGAUAACUUGCAAGGUAAGCUCACAACUUCAAGCACUGUUCAUUCUUUUCGGCAUUGGAUUUGCCCAUGCCAUUUCGGAUGAUGGAGCAAAGGGAUGCUGGGAAGACCUCUGGUUUGUUUAAGGGCAAACAGACCCUUUCUGAGAAUUGGCAGGGAAAGACCGAUUGCCGAGAGCUUAAAACUCUGCCUGAUAAGCAUGUUAUUUUAUCAAGAGAGGAUGUUCAACUUCACCAAUAUGGUAAUCCUGCAUUAUCGGACAAAGUAGAACCCCUGGUAGAGACUAAAGAAAAUGAGGCACAGAGUAUCAGAAAUCUCCUUCCUGACGAGGAUGAUCUUUUUUCUGGAAUAAUGGAUCAGCUGAGACUUAGUACUCUUUCAGAUGGUAUUGAAGAUGAAGAAGAUCUGUUUCAAAGUGGGGGCGGCAUGGAAUUAGAAUCAGAUAAUUGCUUAAACUCUCAUCAACACAACAGCAAUUAUACUACUGGAGUUCUAAAUGUUGGAACUAAUUCUAACAGUUUAAUUGCCCCAAGACACUCUUAUGAAGAACAAUCUUCUAGAAGACUUCUUGUGAUGAACUUCGGUACCAGUACUGAAGAUUCUGAGUUGAGGUCUCUUCUUGAGAAAUAUGGUGAAAUUCAUUCUCUGUACACAAGCUGUAAACACCUAGGCUACAUCAUCGUAUCUUAUUAUGAUAUCAGAGCAGCUCGGAGCGCAAGGAACUCACUACACAAUAAACCAUGGAGACCUAUGAAUCUUGAUGCACAUUACUUGAUAGCAAAGGAUGAUCCUUUGGGGACAGAUAUUCACUCGGGCACCGUUCUUGUAUCUAAUAUUGAUUCCUUGGUGUCAGAAGAUUAUAUUCGCCAGAUAUUUCGCAGCUUUGGAGAGAUCAAGGAACAGAUUGGAGAAGCACAUCAGUGUAACAAAUAUAUUGAAUAUUAUGAUAUUCGAUCGGCGGAAGCUGCUUAUCGCACAUUAAAUUGUAGCAAUAUUGCAGGGAAGCAGAUCAAGCUUGAACUAGGCCCUGAUAGACAACAUUCAAUGCAACAGUUUCUUCCCCCAAUGGCAAUAGAUGAACGUAGUCAUCGUGGAAGCUUGGAUGGCUAUUCAUCGAUAGAUCUACUAGCUUUUACAGGGACAGUUUCUCAUUCCUUGAUGACACCUGGCUGCUUUAAUGGAGGGUCUGUUGGUAGAUUACAUUCAAAAAGUGAGAUGACUAUUGAUGCUUUUAAUGACAAUGCAUUCUCUGAAGGUAGUUUUAGUGUUCCAGACAGCUUUCCAGUGAGACUGGGGUCUGGUCAUGAUCGAUUUAUGCUUCAUGAGCCACGAGAUGAGUCAUGCCCUCCCAGUAAUCAUCUUCACUCCCUCCCAGAGUAUCACAAUGGUUCUGCUCAUGUGAUCUCACACAAUCCUUUUGGCACUGUUGGGGACUUGUCCGUAGAUGCUAAUCCUAGAAUAUUAGAAGGCAUGAAUGACAGAAACAUAUACAUUAAUGACCCCAAAGGCCAGCAAGCGAAUCAUCAUGCUGGAGUUUUUGGCUCUUUUCGGACUACUGGCUGCACAAUUCCUGAAGAUCGCUAUGUAAAGAGCAAUUCCAAUAUAUUUCAGCAUUUUUCAUCAAGCUCCUUGGGUUGGCCUAAUUCUUUGCCACUUGCCGGUGGCAGUCAUGCUCAUGGCAAUCCAAAUCUACCUGAAUUUUCUGGAUUAUCAUCUCACGGGCUCAACACAGUUUCAUAUUCACAUGACAUGACACAGGCCUCUAAUCCGUCCCAUUGGAACAGAGGGCAUGCCUACAUGGAGUCUAUCGGAAGGCCUGGGUUUCAAAAUAAAGCGCCUGACUUCUCUCCUCAUAACUGCGUGCAUGAUGUAAAUCAUAUUGGCAAGUAUAUAAACUCAGCAGCGAGCCCUCCUCAACGUUUGUCCGAUUUUACUUCUGGAGUGAAUUUAGUUGCUUCAGCACCAACCUCGUUUUGUUCCCCAAAAGAACGCACGAGAAACCUAUCGAACUGCAGAAGUGAAGCCGACUCAUCUCAUUCUGAUAAGAUGAAGUAUGAACUUGAUAUUGAUCGCGUGAUGCGUGGAGAAGAAACCCGCACAACGUUGAUGAUUAAGAACAUUCCAAACAAGUAUACUUCAAAAAUGCUCCUGGCAACAAUUGAUGAACAGCAUCGAGGAACUUAUGACUUCAUAUAUCUGCCGAUUGAUUUCAAGAAUAAGUGCAAUAUGGGAUAUGCAUUCAUCAACAUGAUCGACACAACUCAAAUUGUACCAUUUUAUAAGACAUUCAAUGGCAAAAAGUGGGAGAAGUUCAACAGUGGAAAAGUAGCUUCUAUAACAUAUGCAAGGAUUCAGGGGAAAGCUGCUUUAAUUGCCCAUUUCCAGAACUCAAGCUUGAUGAAUGAGGACAAAAGGUGUCGCCCAAUUCUUUUUUGUACUGAAGGUCCAAAUGCAGGUGACCAGGAGCCAUUUCCUCUGGGAACUAGUUUUCGAUCAAGGUCCAGUAAACCUCGAAGCAUUCCGAACGUGGAAAAGCAUAAUCAAGCAAGUUCGUCGGGUUCUGCAAGAGAUGCUAUAUCCGGGGGGACAAGCUCGAUGCCGCGUUCAGUGAAGGACUCAUUUUGAUUAACCUACUAAAUCGAUGCAUUAACUUUGCGAAUCAGGCAGAUCUCACCUUCUGUUCUGUACAUCAUUGGUGGCCUGAAUCCGUUUUUCUUGUAGAGAUUAUCUAAACAAUUUUGUGAACUGAGGCUAGCUCAACCUGAGUAGCAAUUUCCGGUUUUCAGACAGUUGUUAUGUAAACUUAUUGACCAGCUAAUUUAACUGGUUUAUUAUGGAGCUCAAAAUUUUGGAACC